AUGAGGCCUACUACUUUGACGCGAGCAGCAAGGCUCAACUGCCUUAAGCCUUUUGCACUUAAUGGAAUUUCGCGAAAAUGUUUGACUAUGCUCAGUCCUCCAAAAUUUGAGAACGAAAAAAUGUUGAACUAUGCCAAAGGUUCACCAGAAAGAGCACAGUUGACCAAGACCAUCCAAAAGCUCAAGGGAGAAUUCCCUUUUACAAUUCCUAUCACUAUUAAUGGCUCUGAGAUCGAAACGAAAGAGUUACGAUCUCAACUGAACCCUUCGAAGCACAGCGAAAUUGUUGCAAACUACGCAUCCGCCACUCCUGACCAAGUCAACGCAUCUAUUGAUGCAGCCCUCAAGGCCAAGCCAGCCUGGGAAGCCACACCUUUUGAGGACCGAGCCGCCAUUUUCUUCCGCGCGUGCGAAUUGAUCACCGGGAAAUAUCGCUCGGAGAUUGUUGCAGCGACAAUGCUAGGCCAAGGAAAGAAUAUUUGGCAAGCAGAGAUCGAUGCCCCGGCAGAGACAGCAGACUUCUUUCGUCAUUAUAUUCAGGAAGCAUGGGCUUUGUAUUCACAGCAGCCUCAAGUCCACCUUCCAGGAAGCUGGAACAAGAUGGAAUAUCGCCCACUCGAGGGUUUCACAUACGCCAUCGCGCCUUUCAACUUUACUGCCCUUGGUGCUACUCUCAUUGGACCGGCCGCAUUGCUCGGAAACGUUGUUAUCUGGAAGCCUUCCGACUCGGCUUUACAUGCUAGCUGGUUGCUUCAUAAGAUCCUGAUUGAAGCCGGUCUUCCUAAGGACGUUGUCCAAUUCCUACCUGGUGACGCGGAGCAGGUCACCAACACUAUCCUCCAGAGACCUGAGUUCGGGGCUCUGACCUUCAUUGGUGCCACUGCCACAUUCAAGGGAAUUCAAAAGAAGAUUGGAGAUGGCAUUGGUGCCGGUAUCUACAACUCCUACCCCCGAGUGGUCGGCGAAACUGGCGGCAAGAACUGGGGCAUCAUUCAUGCAUCAGCAGAUGUGAGAAGUGCUGCCUUGAACACUAUCCGUGCAGCUUUUGAGUAUCAAGGACAGAAGUGCUCUGCAAACUCGCGUGUGUAUGUUGCAGAGUCUGUCUGGCCGGAAUUCAAGAAGAUCCUGGCAGAGGAGACUGCUGCGCUCAAGGUUGGCGACGUGGAAGAAUAUGAAAACUUCAUUAAUCCGGUCAUCCACGAGCGAUCGUUUGACAAGCUCAACAACUUCUUAGAGGAUGCGAAGAAGGAUUCCGAAUUAGAGCUCAUUGUUGGAGGCAAGGCUUCCAAGGAAGAAGGCUAUUACGUGCACCCUACCAUCUACAGAACCUCCAAUCCUCGGCAUAGAAUCAUGUCCGAAGAGCUAUUCGGACCCGUUCUUGGAGUUUAUGUGUUCCCAGACGCCGAAUGGGAGCAGACAUUGAAGUUGCUUGACACUACUUCUCGAUAUGCUUUGACGGGCAGUAUCUUUGCGAAAGAUCCGUACGUGGGUCGCCAGGCCUCCACUGCAUUGAAGCACGCUGCAGGUAUGCUUUAUAUGAAUACUAAGUGUACUGGAUCUACUGUUGCCCAGCAGCCUUUUGGUGGUAGCCGAGACUCAGGCACGAACGAUAAGACUGGCACUAUGGCGCAUUUGCAGCGAUUCGUGAGCACUCGCACAAUAAAGGAGGAGUUUGUUCCACUCGAGAAGGUUACAUAUCCUUCAAAUGAGGUGUGA